CGGCAUUGCUCAGCCAUGGCUCGGAGCAGUACGGUCCAGUCCCCGGUGAGGGGAGGCGCCAUGGAGGCGGGGAGGCCCGAGGACGCCCCGCCGGCCGUGGUCACUUUCUUCCAGCCCCACGUCGGCGGCCAAGUGCUGGUGCUUUUUAGUUUGAUCAGUGGCAGCGAAGCCGUUUUAAAGAGGUUUUUACCCAAGAGUCAUCUUUCUAAGGUGAUCAUUCGUGACAACAUCAGUGUCCAGCGAGUGCACGAGAUCAAGCUCAAGCACAUUGAAGAGAGCAAAAGGAAGAUGGGCAAUCUCUUUGACCAGAUGAUGAAGAAGUUUGUGCAUGACCAGCAGAAGAAGAUGAACCGCUGGAAGAAGCAAUAUGGCCACUACCAGAGAAUGCUGGAGAGGAUUGACCAGAGGGCCAUGCUCAAAGCCCACACCUCAAACUUUGCACUGCCGGAGCUAACAAAGGGCAAGGAUGUCACAGGAUGGAAAAACAUGAACCUGCCACAGCAAAACAGGCUUAGGUAACUUGAGUUACCAUGAGCUAGAGGAAUGCCUUCAUGGUUCCACUUGGCACAGAAAA